GGCAAAAGGAAAAAAAAUGUCAGUGUCAAACAAACAACUCGCCUAACCUAAAAGUUGUAGGCAAAAACUUGAAAUAAUUACUUUGAAGUUGCUUUAAAAUCUAUUUAAUCAAGAUGUUGCGUAGUUUACGCAAAAUUCCUUCAAGAAAAAGUAUUUCAUCAUUAUAUUUGCAAAGAAAAACAUUUUUGACCAAUGAUUAUAAAUGUACUGAAGCUUGGAAUUCACAAAUCUCGUCUCCAAUUCUUACUAAAGUAAAUAUUCAUGAUUUUUACAAUAUAUUAGAUCAGAAUUUCACAUCUAAAGGUGUAAUAAGUGCGAUAGACGUGGAUAUUUUUGCGAAUGCAAUCAAGGAUCCAGUUUAUCUUGAGGAACUUAAAGAUCUGCUUCACAAAUUGAGACUCUCGGCAGACACUGGGAAUACGUUAGAGUCUACCCAUCACGCGACCAUUCGAAACUUUAUUGAAUUUGGACAUAUACCGGAGUUGAUAGACAUACUCAAAGACCCACUGAACUUUGGUGUGUUUCUGGAUAACUAUUCAGCAAACAUACUGUUAGACAAGCUAAUUACUUCGGCAGAUUAUGAGGCGGCUGCAAAGGUAGCUUCUUUAAUUAUGUUGCAAGAGGAUUUCACAAAUGAUAUAACAUGUUCCUUGUGUCAGUAUGCAUGCUACAAGUACAUCACAAAUUUUACGCCACCUGAACCACCCGCUGUAGAAGAGAAGAAUGAAAAAAACAAAAAAGUAGAAGAAGUGAAGAUAAGAAUAAAGUUUUUAAGAAACCCUUAUUUUGAUGACCAUUUUGAUAUAAAAGACACUCUGUUGUCAGCUGGCAAAACAUUGGCCUGGAUUUCUGAAAGAAGCAAUGAUACUGUUAAUAAUAACUUACAAAUAAUAGGAUGGUUGGUUUAUCAGAAAUAUGAUAAAUUGAAAAGUGCAUGUAAACAUAUAGCUGAAACUGGAUCACCUAAAAUAUUUACAGAAACUAUUGAUUUAAUUAAAAAGGAAUGUCAAAAUGGGGAAGGAGAAACUAAAGAAACAUUAGAAAAGUGUGUUUCCAUGUUGGAUGCACUUGGAACAGCAGAAACUCCCUUAGAAGAAUCACUUAAAAUUACCAUUGAAAAUGCAAUUAACAAAGCUCAAAAUAAUGAUAUCUCACAGCAAAAAGAGUUAUUCAAGUCAUGGAUCAAAAUCAGAGAAGAAAAACUUGAGGAGCAAACAAAGCGUCUAGACAGAGCAAAACGCACACAGUUAAUUGAAGAGAAGCAGAAACUACUUGAAGAGGAAGAGCAGAGGCUGUGGUUCUUUGAAAAAGAAGAGGCCAUUGACCUACAAAUAGAGGAAAAAGAAAAACUUGUGGAAGCCCCUUCAGGAAAGACAAAGUCAUCUAAAUUAUCAGAUGAGGAAUAUGUUCCUCCAGAAAUUUUGCCUAAACGCCGAUAACUUGUAUCUGUACAAUGUUUUAGUAAAUUAGAUACUAAUUAAUAAAUAAUAAAGAUUUUUAUUUUCAUUAUUUAUUAUAUUAAUAGGUAUAUGUAUAACAAUUAUUAUGAGUAAUUAAG